AUGAAGUUAACAAACUUUUUAAAAUCGAUCGUGAUGAAGACUCGCCUUGCAGCAGAGAACGAUACCAUUCAGACGCUUCUUGAUGAGAUGCUCAGGAAUUAUGACAAGAGAAUUCGACCAGGACAAGGUGCCGGAAAAGCAACAACAGUUACGUUCGAUAUGUUCAUCAACGAGUUCAGUUCAGUAAAUGAGAAUUCAAUGGAUUACAGCCUGAACUUGUUCUUCCGACAGCGCUGGCGAGACCCGCGCCUAGCCUACACCAAGAUCUCCGAACCAAUUACACUUGGAUACGCCAGAAUUGAUGAAAUCUGGCUCCCUGAUACCUUCUUUACAAACGAAAAGAGGUCAAUCAGUCACACAGUCACAGUACCUAACAUCCUCCUCCGAGUACACCCCGAUGGAAGUGUGCUUUACAGUCAAAGAUACCCGAUGGACAUCCAGAACUGUCCACUAAAAUUCGAAUCAUAUGGAUUCACCACAAGGGAGGUCAUGUUUGACUGGACGAGUAAAACCCCUGUAGUCGUUAAUGGAGAAGUGGAAUUACCUGAAUUUGAAGUGGACAAAAAGAACACUGCCCUUAAAAACUGUACUGUCAGUUAUAAUACUGGGUCUUACAGCUGCCUUCAAAUCACAUUCAAACUGACGAGAUUGUUCGGCUUCUACAUCACGGGAACCUAUAUCCCCAGUAUCCUCAUAGUCCUCCUCUCCUUUAUAUCCUUCUUCGUGGAUGUGAGGGCCACGCCGGCAAGGAUCUCCCUCGGACUUUUGACCGUUCUGUCUAUUACCACCAUGAACUCGAGCGUCUCAAGUUCCAUGGCGAAAGUUGCAUACUCCAAGGCUAUCGAUCUCUGGAUGGCUGUGUGUUUGUGCUUCGUUUUCCUUGCCCUACUCGAGUUCGCCAUCGCCAAUCAACUCGCCAGAGGCGAAGAUAGGGAAGAGACAACGAAAAAAGAGAAGGUGCAGGAGAAGUUCAUGAAAGUUGCUUUGGCCGAACAGAACCGGAACCGCCACAUGAAAGGCAGUACGGCAGACGCAAAAGACUCUACAGAUAUAGCCGAGAUAGACGAUGCCCUAUCAACUCAAACCGAAAGUUAUUUCAUUUACUUCACAGCCAGCACUGCGCCGCACAAUUUGAUGUUAAGUGUACUAUCCUUGUACGAAUAA